AUCGUACACAACUACUGCGACAUCCGGAAUUGUUGCAGACGAUGUUUGCUUUUAACAUUCUACAGUAAAGCCCCUAAGAAACAGCUGAUACACUCUCCUAAGAUAGAUUAUGUUGGAGGUGGAGACAGUGAACUCCAAGAAAACAAAAGAUGAAAAUGUCAAGUUAGCCAAGGUUUUCAAAGUUUUAUCCAGCAACAUUGAGAAAAACAAUGAACUCCUUGAUCAACUUUUUGAAUUAACGCUUGAAUCUGAGAGCAAUCAUCAAGGUUUAGCACCUCUUCGAUCAAUUCUGUCAAAAGAUCUCAGUGCUGCAAGAGAAGAUAAGGUGACAGUAGAAAUAAAGCUCACUUUUAUGAAAAUAAAUGAUAUUGAUACAGUGGACCAGAAGUUUCAGUCAGAGAUUUUCAUCCAAGCAAAGUGGCAUGAUCACUUGAUCAAGCCAGAUGAAAAGGUAUUUGAACCAUCAAUGAUGUGGACUCCAAAGUUGAUUAUUUUGAAUAUUGACGGAUCAAUAGAAGAGGAACACAUAGACUACUCUAUUCUACAUAGCAAUGAUGAUAAUCCACCAAGAGUGCAGCUGAUGUGGAAAUUCAAAGCUUUCUUUAAGGAGAAUUUGGAAUUGCAACACUUUCCAGUGGAUGUUCAGGACCUGACAAUUUCCAUCUCUACAGAAAAGUCGAUUCAUGAGAUUGAGAUAAUUGAAGACCAGAGUUCUCUCAGUUCAGUCAACACUCAGGCCUUCCUGGAUGCCUCAGAGUGGAACCUGUACAACCACACUGAGUCCUACAGAGACAAAACAACUGUCGAGUACGCUAGGUCAACUGUGCAUUCUAUCCUUCAUAUACAGUGCAGGGUGGCAAGGAAGAUAGGCUAUUUUGUGUGGAAUAUCAUAUUCAUUGUGUUCCUGAUCAUUGGCCUGACCUUUGCCUCCUACUCCAUUGAGGUUGAUAAUGGAGACAGACUGGCUGUCAACAUCACCCUUUUCCUUACUGCUGUCACCUUCAAACUGGUCGUCAAGCAAAGUCUGCCAACUAUUUCAUACCUCACUUACCUGGAUCUAUAUGUACUGGCUGCACUGAUAUUCCUUGCAUUAAAUGCUACUCAGAAUGCUGCAAUGAAAUCCUUAGCUUACAUUUAUCAACUGAAGGAAGUAAAGAUUUAUGAUCACAAUUCCAUUGCCAGCCUUGCUGUUAUCUUCAUAUUGUUUCAUAUCGUCUUUGGAAUUUAUAUAGCCUUCACUGCCACCAGAAGGCGAUGGAAAAUGCAGGAAAAAGACAAACUUUACCAGGAAAAGAAAGAUUACAUUGAGAGAUCAAGGAUGUCACCCAGAGGUACUGGUAAACGAAAGAGAAGAUACCCUCCUGUGGCCCAACCAAGGGGAUCUCUCGCGUCCUUCUUCGAAAGUCGCUACUAGCCGAGCUGCUGGUGCUCUGCAAAAAGGGCAAUAACUCUGCUUUUAAAAACACUUAAUUAACUCAAAAUUAAACUCCUAUUUUUGAA